UUCCCGGUUUUCUAAGCCAUUCCCUUCUUUUAACUUUCUCUCUCUUCCUCUCUUCCUUUUCUUUUCACUCACUGUCUUUUCUUUUCUCUCUCCACCUUCCACCGUUAAACUUCCGUUCCUCGCCGGAAACCGCCAUCUCUCCGGCGUAUAGCCUCCGUAUAUUGCCGGAAAACCCGAGAAUUCGAAUUCACUGAUUUCUUUGGUUUCGUGUUUCUGUCUCCGUUUUUGACAACUACUUUUUCCGGAUCUUCUGAGAUUGGCUCUGUUUGUUCGUUCUUGGCGCGUUUUGAGAGAAUGUGGCGUGCUUGGUUGUGAUUAAUUGUUUUGUUGAAGAAGAUCUUGAUCUAGGGUUUGGAAUUCGUGUACUUUGUUGAUUUCAGUUUGUUUUUGUUGGCUACAAUUUGAUUAAAACGGAGGCCUAUAGUGACCGUCCACGGAAUGAAAUGGUGGAAGGAAGGGUAUGCUUGUCCAAAGAAGCUCGGAAUGGGCUAGAAUAUUUGAAGCGCAAAAGGCUUCAAAAAAUGAAAUUAGAAAGUGUCACAGAAACUGCAAGUAUUCCCAGUAUGAUGAGUAGAAGCGGAGGAGAUGCUUUAAGGGCUUCAGCAUCGUGUGGUGUUAGGAUAAAUGGUAACAUGGAAUCAUUCUCUAGGUCUGCUGGUGCUUCAAGUGGGAAGGAUGUGUUUUCAAAGCGGAAAGUGGAAAAGUUUGACACUAGUGAUUUAGAAUGGACUGAAAAAAUCCCAGAAUGCCCAGUCUAUUGUCCGACAAAGGAAGAGUUUGAGGAUCCCUUGGUGUACUUGCAGAAAAUAGCUCCAGAAGCUUCAAGAUAUGGUAUAUGCAAGAUUAUUUCUCCUGUGAGUGCAUCUGUUCCUGCUGGGGUUGUAUUAAUGAAAGAGAAAGCAGGAUUCAAGUUUACAACUAGAGUACAACCUCUUCGUCUUGCUGAGUGGGAUAGUAGUGACCGAGUCACAUUUUUUAUGAGUGGAAGAAAUUAUACAUUUCGUGGUUUCGAGAAAAUGGCGAACAAGGUUUUUGCCCGUAGAUAUUGUAGUGCCAGUUGUCUUCCUACGACGUACAUGGAAAAAGAAUUUUGGCAUGAAAUUGCGUGUGGAAAGACAGAAUCGGUUGAAUAUGCAUGCGAUGUUGAUGGCAGUGCCUUUUCAUCGUCUCCUAGGGACCCGCUUGGAAAUAGCAAGUGGAAUCUGAAGAAUCUUUCCCGGCUGCCGAAGUCCAUUUUGCGCCUUCUGGGAACAGCUAUUCCGGGGGUAACUGAUCCGAUGCUUUACAUUGGAAUGCUGUUUAGCGUGUUUGCUUGGCAUGUUGAAGAUCAUUAUUUGUACAGCAUUAAUUACCAUCAUUGCGGAGCAUCAAAAACUUGGUAUGGAAUUCCUGGUCAUGCAGCUUUAAAAUUUGAAAAAGUGGUUAGAGAACAUGUGUAUAGCCAUGAUAUUCUAUCAGCUGAUGGGGAGGAUGGAGCUUUCGAUGUACUUUUGGGGAAAACAACUCUGUUUCCACCAAAUAUAUUGUUAGAACAUGAUGUCCCUGUGUACAAGGCUGUGCAAAAGCCUGGGGAGUUUAUAAUCACUUUCCCGAGAGCUUAUCAUGCAGGAUUCAGCCAUGGUUUCAACUGUGGUGAGGCUGUGAACUUCGCAAUUGGUGACUGGUUUCCUUUGGGGGCUGUAGCUAGCUGGCGCUAUGCACUACUCAACAGGGUGCCUCUACUUCCUCAUGAAGAACUUCUGUGCAAAGAAGCAAUGCUUCUUUAUACAAGUCUAGAACUUGAAGAUUCAGAUUAUUCCUCUGCAGACUUGGUUUCCCAUAAUUGGAUUAAGGCUUCUUUUGUGAAGCUGAUGCGAUUCCACCACUGUGCUCGCUGGUCUAUAAUGAAAUCAAGAGCAUGCAAUGGCCUUUUGCCAAAUAGCAAUGGGACAAUCUUAUGCACCUUAUGUAAACUGGAUUGCUAUGUUUCAUUCCUUAACUGCAGCUGUGGCUUGCAUCCUGUGUGCCUUAGACAUGAUUUCAGUUCACUUGACUUUUCAUGUGGGAGAAAUCAUACACUGUUUUUGAGGGAGGAUAUUUCUAAUAUGGAAGCUGUAGCUAAGAAAUUUGAGAAGGAAGAUGGAAUAUUAGAGGAGAUUAGACGGCAAACAAACACUGGUGAUGAUUUGUAUUCUUAUCCGUUAUCAGUUAAGUUUCAUCAUGUUCCCGAGGAUGGGUAUUUUCCUUAUUGUGAUAUAAGCUUUGAGUUCAAUGCCGAGACUCCUGCGAUAACCUGGGAAUGUUCACAAGAGUUUAACAAAUCCACAAACAAGUAUGGCAUUGAAAGUUUUAGACCUGAAUACUCUGAAGCUUCCAUUUCCUGUGCUGCAUCCACUCUCUGUUCUUUUGUAGAUCCAGUUGAAAGCUUUUCUGCAUCUGACAACGUGCAGGCUGACUUUAAUGCAAGAAAACUUGAUCCGGAAAGGUUAUUUGAGGAAGGAUUGAGCAAGCAUGAGUACUCAGUAUCCUCUCUAUCACAUGAUGAUGAAUUCUUGAGAAUCCAGAAAAGUAAUCCUCGUGGGUUAGAGGUUAAAUCUAGUGUUGAUGAACAAAGUGAUGAUUCUGACUCGGAGAUUUUUAGGGUUAAGCGCCGGUCUUCUCUGAAAGUUGAAAAAAGAGUUGUGAAUGAUACUGCAUCUUCAAAGUACUCUGAACACCAGGGGCUUAAAAGACUGAAGAAGCUCCAACAUGAAGGAAGAUAUGGGCAAACGACAUCAUCAGAAUACUGCAGAGCUGAUGAAUCAAAUCAUGGUUCCACUUCUUCAACUUUAGAUUAUAAAGCACCACCAAAGAGUGCUUCAAAGGACAGGGUUGCCAGGGGAAGUACUAUUCCAUUCUCGAUUAAGUUCAAGAAGUUGACCUCCAAGGAAGAAAUGGGUAGACAACGAGAACACCACAGAUUGGACCGCUUCCAGCAUGAACUGGGAAAGACUAUGAGGGAACCACCUCCUAUAGAGAUUGGGCCAAAGCGUCUUAAAGUCAGGGGCCCGUCAUAUCUAGGUUCAGAGAGCAGGUUAGAUUGACUUUUGGAUCACAUAAUUGACGAGAAAACUAGCUGGCCUGCCUCGGGAGUAUCAUCUAGAGCAUGACUUUGCUAACCUUUUCUUCUCUAAUGGGGUUCUAACCACACGAAAUAUCGAAAGAUUGAUUCUGGGAGCAGCGGCAAAGAUUAACCAACUCUAGGACAUACUUUUAUUCUUUGUGCAGGCCUCGAAUUGGGGCGCUUUGCACGGAUGGUGAUUCUUCAGGUUCUCAUGCCGGGGUGUUUUUCCGUCAUUUGGCAGGAGAACCUUCCUGCUAGCUGAAAGUAGAAAUUUGAUUAGUAACUUUGUAAAAAUUUUUUAACAGUCAGAUUAAUUCUUGCAAGGAAAUAGUGGGUAUUCCACUGCUCCUUCAUUUAAAAUCAGUCUGCUGCUUCCGCAGGUUCUUUAUUCUUUUUGUAGCAAUGGACUACCUGAAUAAAUGCAGAGAAAUACCUGUUUUCUCUUUAUGUGC